GUUUGACAUAACCUUAAACUAAAGUUCAAUAACUUGUAUAAAAACAUUUCAUGAGUGUAAAUGAGGAGAGUGUUUUAAGUUAAUCUCAAUAAUGCCCGACGAGUCCUACGUUACUUGGGUAAAUAUAUUCGACAAGGAUCUGACUAAAGCGUAUUCGGAAGAGAGAAAGGAGCUGAAAGGAUGCGCUAUGAUAUUAUGUGCACUACAAAAGGAAUUCGAGAAGAUACGAACGAGCGUUCAAUCCCAGUACAAUGAUAUUCGGAAAGAGCUGGAACAAAAGGAUGAGCACAUCGAAAAAAAAAUGCGACUGUCACUAAAUUCUAAAGAGAACACACCACCAAUAAAACAUCCUACAGAGAUGGGUCACUCAAGCAACAGUCAACAGAACACUCCGGAUUUCUUUGAAGACCUCAACAGUUCUGAAUUAAAUGCAGCUGAUGUGAUUGAUCUAUCAAAAGAUGAUUCAGAUGACUUGUCUGACUGCCCUAGUCCUCCAUUUUCAAAAAGAAAGAACAUCAAUAGAACUAACAAAUUAUCACCUUCAUUAUGCUUCAUGACUAAAUCUAAAUCUAAUACUAAUUGUGAUAAAACAGAACUGACACCACCAAUAAUGAAUAAGACUAAUUUGAAUGAAAGUACCAUUAUUGCUAAUACUCCUGAAGUCAGAUUAAAAAAAAAUAAAAGUCUCAAGUCUAAUUUAUUUCAAUCAAAAAAGAAACCAGUUAAUGGAAAGAAACAUGUAGAUGAUGAUAAUAAUUUAACAAUGACUCAAUUUUUUCCUAAGGAGAAAAAGAAAUCAGACUCCCAGGACAGCUUUAUUAAUGAACUAGUUGGUAACAAAAGCCAUCCAUCUGUGUUAGACAGUGAUAAAACUUGUGAGGAUAAAAGCACAAUGGAGAUUACUACUAUGUUAGAUUUUAUAAAUAGAGAUGAGGAACAAAAUGAACAAUCAGCGUCUGAUUUAUCUCAGGCAACUGUAGAUGAUACAUUCUUUGACAUGGAUAUCACUUCAGGAGACAAUGAUAAAGAAAAUAGUGAAAAGGACCAAGAGAAUCUGAACUUCCUUUGCUCAUUUUCAAAUGAUGAACCUGAAUAUCAAGUUCCAACAAAGAAGAAUAAAUUAGAUAAGUCAUUGGCAGGACCAAAUAAGAAAAAUGACGAGGCGAAAUUAGAUGGAUGGUCUUGUGAUAAUUGCAGAAAAUUUUAUGGGUGCGUAAGUCUUCCACCAGAUAUGUUAAAGAAAAAAAUGAUCGAAUGCACCAAACACAAAAAGAAACAACUUGAAGAAACGAUUCCUGGAUUUUGGGAUAUGAGUCUCAGGACCCAAGAAUAUUAAGCUAAAACAAAUAUAAUUUUUUAUAAACGUGAUAUUUUUUUGCAUACACUAAGCAUUUAAUUAUUUUCAUAAUUCUUAUUAAACAAUUUGUAUCUUUA